AUGUCGACUGUUCCAACACCGAACACACCUUCAGCAGAUGCUGCGAAUGAUCAUGAUAUAAAUGAUAUUAGUGAAGAUGAGAUUUUGCAACUAGACUUAAACCCGGAUUUAGACGACACAGACGAUGUAAAGAUGGAAGAGGAUAAUGAAGACGCUGCAAAUGGGAACUCACUUAAACGUACUUUUAUCGACGACCAAAUAGAUAAUGCAGGGUUCGAUGAUAUGGAAGAUUUCCAACCGGUUGUAGACUUGAAAUCCCCUUUUGAGUCUUAUUCUGACUUGCAACAGGCGCCUCAAAAAUCCGCCGAAAAUGGACACCAUACUCAUCAGGCGAGAAGGCUUUCGCUUUCACAGCAGUCCAAGUUUGUCGCAUACAUCGAUAACGAGUUGUUACAAAUCCAAAGGAAAUUUGUUCAAAGUCGAGGGUUGAAUGUUAGUCAUGGUUAUAACAACCUCUCGGAAGUGCUUCAUGACUUCAAGAAACUUGUGGAUUUUAUCUGGUACUCUAUUGAUGGGAUAAGCAACACAGAUUCUCUAUUACAAGAAGACCUAGAUGACUCAGAAAUAUAUAAAAGGUUUGAAGGCUCGCAGUCCACAAAUUUCGGCCAGUCAUACUACCUUAUUAGAAUAGCCGAUGACCUCCUUGAUUUUCUAGAUAAAUUCCCACUUACUGAUGAAGAGGAAAAUGGCGAUCUCGAAAAGAACACGGAAAACGCUGAUGCAGCCAGUAGCAAUGAACCUAAUUUAAAGACCGCCGGAAGUAACGAAUCUAGAGUUCCUGGCACUAAAGAAGAUGUAGAAACUACUACUCCAGCUCCUUUAAGGAAACUUUUCAAAAUGCUUUCCAUUCUAGAUAAUAUAUUUGCAAGGCUCAUUGAUGGAAAGGUUCCUGGGAACUUUAAACUAAGUGGUACAGAGAUUGUGAGGUUGAUAGGGAUUGCGGAGAGAACAAGGAUAUUAUUACCACAACUAAUGGAGAAAAACGAUAUACACGGAUACCACUAUGAAAUUUCAAGAGUUUAUCUAGAAACGUUAGAGAGAGGUACAUAA